AACGCACCGACGCGGAAAAUGAACGAAACAUUGUCAAUAAACCUGAAGGACGUGAAACAGGACCUACUGCUGGGCAUAAUCGAGUGUAACAAGCGGGGUCUGGUACAGAGUGCCAAAUGGCUAUCGGAGCUAAACCACGGUUUGUCUGAUGUUUCUCUGAAGCAUACCGGUAAAUCAUUCGAAAAUCUGCAUUCCGGCAUUGCCAGCGAGGAGUACGAUGACUACGUGUUGGCAAAGAGCUACUUCGACGUCCGGGAGUACGACCGGUCGGCUUACUUUACGCGAAAUUGCAGCUCGACGGUUCCGCGAUUCUUGCACAUGUAUGCGACGUACAUGUCCAAGGAGAAGAAGCGUUUGGACAAUAUGAGCGAUAAUUCGAUAGUGAACUCCAACAGUCAUGUGAAGGACUUCUCCGAACUGCUGGCCACGCUCCGGGCGGAUCAUGGCCAAAAGAAACUGGACGGAUAUUGUUUGUGGUUGUACGGGGUCAUCCUGAAGAAGUUGGACCUGAAUCAGAUGGCGGUGCAGAUCUUUGUGGAUGCCAUCAAUGCAGAACCGACGAUGUGGGGUUCGUGGUUGGAGCUGGCUCCGCUGGUUACCGAUAAAAAUAUGCUGCAAAACCUAAAACUGCCCAACCACUGGAUGAAGCAGAUCUUCAUCGGAUACACCUAUAUCGAGUUGUUCCUAAAUGACGAAGGAAUUAAGAUUUUCGAACAUCUACAAACCACCGGCUUUGGCAAGUGUAUUUUCAUACCGACGCAGCUGGCGAUUGCCUUCUCGAACAAGCGGGACGUGGACAAAUCUAUUGAAAUAUUCCGGCAUCUGCACGAGGUGGAUCCGUACCGGUUGGACAAUUUGGACUCGUACUCGAACUUGCUCUUUGUGAAGGACAUGAAGACUGAGAUGGCCCAUCUGGCGCACAAGGCGGUCGACAUCAACAAGUACAGCCCGGAAACGUGCUGCGUGGUAGGGAACUACUAUAGCAUCCGGGCGGAUCAUCACAAGGCCGUGGUGUACUUCCAGAGGGCGUUGAAGCUGAAUCCCAGGUAUCUCUCGGCGUGGACUUUGAUGGGGCAUGAGUUCAUGGAGAUGAAAAACACAAAUGCCGCUAUUCAGAGCUACCGGCAGGCUGUUGAGGUCAAUCGACGUGAUUUCCGUGCCUGGUACGGCCUUGGGCAAGCGUACGAAAUUCUGAAAAUGCCAUUCUACAGUUUGCACUACUACAAAGCAGCUCAACAGCUGCGUCCCUACGACAGCCGAAUGCUGGUUGCCCUGGGAGAGACAUACGAAAAGCUGGAUAAGAGCGAUAAUGCUCUCAAAUGCUAUCAGAAGGCUUACAACGUCGGGGACAUCGAAGGUGUGGCAUUGUACAACUUGGCUCGUCUGUACGAGAAGCGAGACGAAAUCGAAAAAGCCAUUCCGGCGUUGCUUAGAUUUUGCUCGGAUGAAAAGGCCGUUGCGGACAAGAGUUCUCUGUGCCAUGCCUACAUGACUUUGGGAAAUUUCUACGAGAAGAAUGAUCAAUUUGACAAGGCAUCGCACUUUGCCUACAAGUGUUUGGAGCACGAAGAGACCAAGAGGGAAGCGGAAGCCCUGCUCAAGACCAUUGCUAACAAGAGAUCACAGAAAGCGGCCGCAACACUUGCUGCUUCUGCCAAGGAACCAUCCUCCUCGACGGGUAAGGAGAACACUACCGACAUGGACCUGGAGGAAGUCGAAAUGGAUGAGAGCAACGUGGGCCGGAUGGUGGACAUGGUGAUGGCCCAGGAUGACAUGCUGGUCGAGAAUGACGAACCGGAAUUUCAGCUGGAACAAGCCGUCGACGAUAUCUCGUCGCUUUCUAUCAUUAUGGAACAUGGUUCGGAGGAAAAUGAAUAAAUUGGUCGGUUCGAUUGA